AUGUCAGUCGAGGAUUUGGAUUCUCGGGUAUUGCAGUUAAAGCUGCUUCCAUUAAAGGACCGGCGUGAGGAAUUGUCAAAAAUAAGGUCCAUUGUUAAUGGCACUAUUUCGGAGGACGUACAAUUAAGCAAAACUUUAGUCGCUUUUCUCAGUUUGUACAAUAACUGUCCCAACGAAGGAAGCUACACAAAUCAAAUUUUGCAUAUUUUCGAACAAUUAGUGGAAUAUGACAUAGUAUCGUGUCUAACCAUUGCAAGCAAAUUCAUUAGUCAAUUGGCUACCAAACCUCUAGCCACAGCUGAUUUGAUACUUUUACUCGAUUGGUGUGUGUUCUUCUCUCAGAAAGCCAGCACUCUCGACAACGAUACUACAGUCGUUGAUUCGAUUCUAGUGAGUUCAAUUCAACUUGUGGAUUCUGUUGUUACAUACCAGGACCACAAGAAACAGCGGUCCAGAAGACUGGUGCAAAAUGCUUUCAAGUCUUUGGAUGCUGUUAUCAAAAGCAUUCCAAGCUCUCAUCUAACUAGAUUUGUCGCCAACAUAGGCAAGUAUACACUGUCUGCCAAUGGAAAACUAGUAUUUUUCGGCCAGCUAGCAUUUGUGACUCAUUUAGAUGAUACUACCAGAACGCAUAUCCUUACUAAUUUUUCAAAGGAUAUCCUAACUAGCAAAGCAGUCAUUGAUCAGUUUUCGCUGAUUUCGGCUGCCAAUGCAUUGAAACUAGCAAAUUUGAAAGAAUUCAAUGAGUUGAUUCUGCCAGGUCUAGAGAAAGCUUCUCUUCGUAAUUCCGAAGCUACUUUUCAUCUAUUAGCUCCAGAAGUUCUAAACGGAAUUGACAGUACUCAGAUUGAUAUUUGUGAGGCUGUAUGCUCUAGCAAGUUCUUUGUGCAGUUGUUAUCUUCACUCAAGUCUUCCAACCCAAACGUCCGAAACGGAGGCUCCAAAUGUUUUCAAAUUAUCUUCAAUCACACUUUAGCAACAUCAUCUUCGCUUGACAAAUUAACAGAGGAGAUUUGUAAGGUGCUGAAGUCUUCAACAUCUACCGCUGUGGAACAAAAGACCCUCUGCUCAGAAAUUUUGCAUUCGGCUCCGUUGGUCGAUUCUGUCAAUCUCAAAAUAGUUGAUACCUUGCUUCCAAUGAUCAAAAAGGAAUCCAACGAACAGGUCUUAUCUGUUCUAUUGGAUACGCUGUUUCAUCGACCAUCCUCUGAUAAGACAUUAGCUGCUCUCAAAACUGGCCUUUCCGAUAAGAAACAGAGGAAAGCGUGGACCGUCGCUCUUGCUGCGCACACAGAUGACUUUGUUCCACUGCUGACUGAUGAUUAUUUCUCGCAAUUAGAAAGCAUUUUGGAUGAAUGUGUUACGUCUCCUUUACAGUCAGUGACUGGUAAGCUGAUUUCUGGCGGAUACGCGGCAAUCGUGAUCUUGCAUCGUGCGGGUAAGACUGAGAGUUUAUCAAAAUCUCUGAGAGAUACUGAUAAGCCAGCCAUUCUGACUAAUUUCAAAGUCUACGGAAAACUCACCACUGAUGAUGAGCAAGAAUGGUUCGUUAGAUCGCUUGAUGCAACAUCUGGCUUGAUAAAAGAGUCGAAUGUUUCUUAUGGAUAUUCCUGGGUCUACUCGUUACUUUCUUCUAACAUCAAUAGCUCCAUCAGAAGAAUAGGACUGGAGUUGCUGUCAAAGAGCUGCAAAGAGAAUCAGGAAUUUGUUCCGCAAAGUAUUAUUGAUUCGAUCAACGAUCUCCUUUCCAAAGAGUCCUCAAAGUUCUCUGAUUACAAGCUGAAUCUCAAAAAGCUGUUGCCAGUGAUUUUGACAAUCACAGCCAAUCACGAGAAGACGCAGAAAAGUGUACUCGGGCGUCAACUAAUCUCACUGCUUCCAACAUUGUCUCAUCGUGAACUUUCUUAUGCCAAAAUGGGUUGGGUUGGAAUUUGUCAGAGAGCGGGUGUGGAUCCUGGUGAUCUUGUCCAAAAUAAUAGUUUUACUAUUAUUCAGAACUUGAUGGAUCAGAUUUCAAGUCCAGCCGAGGAGCAUCGUACAAGCGGUAUGUAUGAUGCUGUUACAAGCUCCUUGGCUUUGAUCUCGUUUAUUGAUAGCAAUUCUGUGGCUCCUAUUUUAAGCGAAUCUCUUCAAAAGGACUUGGACAUUUCGUCACUUCCGAGUAUUGAUGACACAAAGAUAGAAAUUUGGAAUGGACAAGAUGGUGUGUUGGUGGUCGAUGUUCUUGAGAAGAAUCAGAAGAAGCCUCAGCUCGACAAAAACUCUAAAGACUACGAGACAUUGAAAUGGGAAGCCUCUGUGAGAAAGCAAGUCGCUUCCAGGAAAACCGGCUCAACUAAAAAACUCACCAAAGAAGAGCAAGCUGCUGUGAACAAACAAUUGGAGACCGAGAAGGAGAUUCGCCAAACCUUGAAUAAAGCAUACAACAGUCUCCGUCGGGGUCUUGAUAUCACUGCCUCUCUCGCUUUAGAAGCUUUCAACGUCGAUAAUGGUAAAGAACAAUGGUUCCCUGUUGCAGUUUCUGGAGUCUUCAACAUACUGAACUCAUCAGACGCUCUUAAACUUGUUCGCCAAUACUCAAUUGAUACAUUUUUGAAACUUCCACAUGCUCUUCCAUCAAGAGGACUAACUGGUCAUUCGACAUUUGAAUGGAUUGGAGCAAGCACUUUGCGUUUGAUGAAGAUUAAGCUUGAUUCGAAAUACGAAUAUCCAUCACUGACCGAAUUGGUCUCAUCUCAAUUAUUCAGUCUGAAGGUCACUUCUGAUAAAUCUCCAUUUGAGGCCUUGUCGCUGAUGUAUCUAUUGCCUUUGAUCUCCAAGAUCAUUGAUAAUGGAAAGAUUUAUCUUCUGAAAAACAACAAGCGUGGAAACGUCAUUCUUAAUACCGAGUUCCAAGACGAAGAUCCGGAGGAGGAACAGCUGGCUUUGGCUUUGGAACUGGUGUCGAGUCAUAGCGAGAUUUUCCAAAAUGCAUCAAUUCCUAGAACAUCCAUUCUGCAAAACUUAUUCUCAUUAAUGACCGUUCCAUCCAAAUCGAAAAUGGCAAAGGACUGUUUCAAUGCCCUGGCCCAAAAUAUAUCUGUCAAUAUCUCACCAUCUGAUCUUCAUUUGAUCUUAUCCAAUGCCAUCAACCCGGUCGUGUUGGUUCGUACAGCGGUUUUGGAAGCAUUGGAUGAGGAAUUUGAUUUAUCUGAGCUUGAAUUCUGUGAAGAGAUCUGGAUUUCGGUGUUCGAUAACGAAGAAAUUAACCGUCGAAUUGCCCAAACUAUAUGGGAUGAAAGCGGAUUCCAUGUCGACGAAAGCUCUCCUUCCAAACUGAUACCUUUCCUGAAUAAUAGCGAUAAUGGUAUCAGAUUAAGUAUCGCAAAAGCUCUCGCACAAGCCGUUGUGAACACUAAAUCGUCAUCCGUGUUCGAAGCAACCUUGGACGAGCUUUUGGAGCUUUACAGAGUCAAAGAGAAGCCACCACCUCCACAACUGGAUGAAUAUGGAUUGGUGGUCAAAUCUGUGUCCGAGGCUCGUGACACUUGGGAAGAGAGAAGCGGUGUGGCACUAACGUUGAAGUAUCUUGCUGGCGUUUUCCAUGGAACUUCAGAAAUUGAGAAGGUGUUUAAAUUCUUGAUUGAUGAGAGAGCAUUGGGAGAUAAGAAUUCAGUUGUUAGACAAGAACUUCAAGAUGCGGGAAUGAAAAUCAUCGAUGAACAUGGAACUGCAAAUCUGGAGAUAUUGAUUCCUAUCUUUGAAGAGGGGUUGAGCGCUAAAGAUGAAGGAACAACCACGCAAGAUCGGAUCAAAGAGAGCAUUAUCAUUCUCUAUGGUAAUCUUGCUCGCCAUCUUAAAAAAGACGAUCCGAGAAUAUUGGACAUAGUUUCCAGACUUCUUCAAGCUCUGGAAACACCUUCAGAAGAUGUCCAGUUCGCUGUUUCUGAGUGUAUCGCGCCACUUGUCUCAGCUACCAAAGCCAAAUUGUCUGGAUACUUUGAUGAUUUGUUUGAGAAGCUGUUUGAAGGCAAGAACUUGGCACAAAGACGCGGUGCAGCAUAUGGUAUUGCUGGUCUGGUGAAAGGUGCAGGUUUGAAGUCUUUGGCUGAAAACGAUAUCAUCAGAAACUUGGUGGAUGCUUCAGAUGACAAAAAGAAUCCUCAUAAGAGAGAAGGUGUGUCUUUUGCAUUUGAGACAUUGUCACAGUCUCUUGGCUCGCUAUUUGAGCCUUAUGUCAUUGAGAUUCUUCCAAUUGUUCUCAAGAAUUUGGGUGAUCAAUCUCCAGAAGUGAGAGAGGCCACUGAUUACGCGGCUAGAAUGAUCAUGAAGAAUACCACCAGUUACGGUAUCAAGAAACUGAUUCCUCUUGUUAUCAGUAAUCUGGAAGAUUACGCCUGGAGAACCAAGAAAGGCUCUGUUGAAUUGCUAGGUUCCAUGGCUUAUUUGGAUCCAACGCAAUUAGCUGCUUCAUUGCCUACGAUUAUUCCACAAAUUGUCAGUGUUUUGAACGACACUCACAAAGAGGUUAGAAAAGCUGCGGAUCAGUCUUUGAAACGUUUCGGUGAGGUCAUUAGAAACCCUGAAAUUCAAGAGCUUGUUCCAACUCUGUUGAAAGCUAUUGGAGAUCCAACUCAAUACACCACUGAAGCUCUUGACGGUUUGAUCAAGACUCAGUUCGUUCACUACAUCGAUGGACCUUCCUUGGCUCUUAUCAUUCACGUUAUUCAUAGGGGUAUGAAAGACCGGUCGGCCACAACUAAGCGGAAGUCUUGUCAAAUUGUCGGAAAUAUGGCCAUCUUGGUCGAUUCCAAGGACCUUAUUCCUUACCUUUCAGAACUUGUGCUGGAACUUGAAGAAGCCAUGGUUGAUCCUGUGCCUCAAACACGUGCGGUCGCUGCAAGAGCUUUAGGAUCCCUUGUUGAGAAACUAGGUGAAGAGAAAUUCCCUGACUUGAUUCCUCGUCUGUUGACUACUCUUCAGGACGAAGGAAGACUGGGUGACAAAAUGGGUUCUGCACAAGCUCUGGCAGAAGUUACCAGUGGAAUUGGUCUCAGUAAACUGGACGAGCUCCUUCCAACCAUCUUGGCUGGGUGCACUUCUCCAAAGUCUUACGUUCGUGCCGGUUUCAUGCCUUUGCUGCUGUUCCUGCCUGUCUGUUUCGGCAAUCAGUUUUCUCCUUAUCUUUCAAAAACCAUCUCGCCUAUUCUUUCUGGAUUGGCGGAUAACGAUGAAGAUAUCAGGGACAUUGCACUGCGUUCUGGUCGCUUGAUCGUGAACAACUAUGCAAGCAAGGCUGUGGAUCUUUUGCUCCCAGAAUUGGAACUUGGACUUUCGGACUCUAAUCCACGGAUCAGACUGUCCAGUGUUGAGCUUACAGGAGACUUGCUCUUCAAGAUCAGUGGUAUCAGUGGUAAGCAGGAACUGUCUGAAGAUCUCUCUUCGAUUUCAGCCAGCGUUACUAGAGCGUUCAAUGAGGUUCUUGGUCACGAAAGAAGAGAUCGUAUUUUGGCAGCUUUGUUCAUGUGUCGCUCUGAUAAUUCUGGUCCUGUCAGAGUUGCUGGUGUCAACAUCUGGAAAGCAUUGGUCGCAAACACUCCAAAGACUGUCAAGGAGAUCCUGCCAACUCUUACUCAAAUUAUUGUCCGGAAGCUGGCUUCUCCAAACGAGAACCAAAGAAGUAUUGCGGCAACAACCUUGGGAGACAUGGUCAAGAGAGUUGGUGGAAAUGCCUUAUCACAAUUGCUUCCAACUCUUGAGAGCUCGCUCUACUCUUCGGACUCGGAUGCCAAACAGGGUAUCUGUAUUGCUGUUCGCGAGCUUACUGAGUCUUCUUCGCCUGCUACCAUUUUGGAGUACCAAGAGCCUCUCUUUAAGAUCAUCAGAGAAACACUCAUGGAUGCUAAUCCAGGUGUGAGAGAGGCAGCAGCCCAGGCAUUUGAUGUUCUUCAAGAAGCUGUUGGAAACGUUGCUGUGGAUGAAAUCAUCCCUCAGCUGUUGGAGAUGCUUGAUACUGACGCAUCUGAAAACGCCCUUUCCGCUUUGGAGGAAAUCAUGACGACCAAGGCAGACGUCUUAUUCCCAAUUUUGAUUCCGUCCUUGCUGACUCCUCCUGUGAAGGCCAAAGCGCUUGGUGCUUUGGCUCAAGUCGCCGGUCCAGCUUUAUACAAGAGACUUUCCACCAUCACUUUGGCAUUGGUCGAUGCAAUCAUUGCUGGUACUGGUGUCGAGACUGAUCUUGUGAAUGCGCUCUCGAAAACACUUCUUUCUGUCACAUCUGAUGAAGGCUGUCACCAGCUGUUCCAACAAAUCUUGUCGCUUAUGAGACAUGAGGACAAAAAGAAGACAGAGGUCAUUUACCGAGUUCUCCCAGAAUUCUUUGAGAACGUCUCUGUGGACUAUUCUGUCUACCUGGAUGAUCUUGUCACACAUUUGAUCUUGUCUCUGGACAACAAGAGUCCUGAAAUCUCGAAAUACAGUUUCGAGGCCCUUACCGCCUUGGUCAAGAGACAACCAAGAGAAUCCCUUGAGCGUCUAGUUUCUACUGCAUUCCGCACCUUGUCUCUUGUUGAUGAUCAUGAGCUAUACGUCUUUGGUCUUCCAAAAGGACCAAAUUGUUUGCUGCCAAUCUUCCUGAACGGUUUGAUGUACGGAAAUCCUCAACAGAGAGAGCAAUCUGCAGAAGGUAUCGCUUUAAUUGUUGAUAGAACUCCUGCUGAUUCGUUGAGGCCAUUUGUCACGGUGAUUGUUGGUCCCCUGAUCAGAGUCAUCGGUGAGAGGUUUAAUGGUGAAGUUAAGAGUGCUAUUUUGUUGGCCUUGAACAAGCUGUUUGCAAAGAUUCCUCAGUUCUUGAGACCAUUUGUGCCACAGCUUCAGAGAACUUUUGUCAAGUCUUUGAGUGAUCCAUCAAACGAUUUGCUCAGAUCGAGAGCUGCUAGAGCUCUGGGUACUCUUAUCGAGUAUCAACCUCGUGUGGACCCAUUGGUUACUGAGCUUCUCACGGGAGUCAAGACCGCCGUUGGAAAAGAGAACGCUGGCGUUAAAGCAGCUAUGCUCAAGGCUUUGUUGGAAGUUAUUCUGAGAGCAGGUAAGAACAUGAGCAAUGCCUCUAAAUCUGGCGUUCUGGCCCUUGUCGAGAAAGACAUGUUUGCAGAAGGUGCAAGUGUCGACAUCGCUGUUGCUUAUGCCAAACUUGUCGGAGCCCUGUCCUCAACCAUGUCGUCAGAGGAAGCUGUUGCUAUGCUCAAGUCCAAGGUGUUGGAUUCAGACUUGACAGACGAAAGCUCGUCUCGUUUUGCCAUCCUGACCUUGAACGCAUUCCUCAAGGAUGCUCCUAACCAGAUUUUCGAUACCGGACUGUUCACAGAAGUCUGCAAGUUUAUUGCAACUGCUUCCCAAUCCAAGUCUCCUUAUAUCAACGACAAUUCUGUUCUUGCCUGUGGUAAGGUGAUGUUGCAAAUCGACAAUGAUUUCGAGUUCGACGAUGACUCUCGUGCUGCGUUCGAGCAGCUUGUGACCCAACUUUGUGUUAACAUGAAUGCUCCACCAUCCAAUUCUCCAGAUUCGAAACGUUUGUCUUUGGUUGUGAUCAGAACAGUCUGUCGGUUCAAGUAUGACAUCUCGAUUCGUCCAUACAUUGACCUCAUUGCUCCAUCGGUCUUCCUUUGUGUUAGAGACCCAAUCAUCCCUAUCAAAUUGGCCGCAGAAAAGUCUUUCCUUGCCAUUUUUAACUUGGUGGCAGACGAAGAAAUGAAAUUCUUCAACGAAUGGGCUGCAUCCAAGAGUGCCACUCCAAUGGUUAACACCGCAAGUGGACAGUCAUUGCAGCUUAGAUCCAUCACAGAGUAUGCCAAGAGAGUCGGAUUCAGGUUGGCAAACGUUGAAAGAGAAAGACUGGAAGCCGGAGGUGACAAAGAAGCUAUGUUCUCUGACCAGUUUGAAGACGAAAGAGAAAUCUGGGCUGUCGGCAGCGUGGACUUGGGUAAGGAAUAA